UACCACAACGGGGUUCGAAUGUUGGAACUAUAGGAAGCAACGCAGCAGCAAAUAUCUGCUGUAAAAUGGCGGCAACUUAAGCUAAUCUUUACAACUCUUGAACCGCCUCUGUAAUCUGUACUUAUUUAUCUCAAUUUCUGUCUCUUUUUUAGAUAAGAAAACAAAACUUUGUUUCAGCUUUGGCUCUACCUAGCUUUAAAAAAUCCCAGGGCUUUUAGCUACAACUUUUUUUUUUGGAGUUUACUGUAGUAAAUUAGAGAGCUUUUGCUGGAGAAUAUGGGGAACGGCGAAAACACUGAGCUUCUGGAUUUGAAGAUGAAAACCACUGAAUCAUCACCAUCUUCAUACCCUUAUAAAAGAACUAUGUUCAUGUCCCCCUCUUCUCAUCCUCACUUGGCUGCUUUUGAUAAAGAGACUAGCAGUAAUAGUACUUGUCUUGCUGAUGACGGAGGAAGCGGCGGCGGAGGCGGCGGUGGGCCCGGGGAUUUUGUGGGGAGCGAUAGCUACGCUGCAGCAGCACUUUCAUCUAGGGCUUUGCAACCUUUCAGCUGUUCUGCUAGAGAAAGCAUGUUUCUUUCUGGAAAAGCUCCUUUUACAGCGUCGCAGCUGCAGGAGUUUCAAAGACAGACAAUAAUAUGCAAAUACAUAAUGGCUUCCGUUCCUGUUCCUCCCCAGCUACUCCUACCUUUGUCUAAUAAUCCAUCUUCAGCUCACCUCCCUCAAUCUAACACAUCGGGUUUGGAUUUGAAGUUCUCAAGAGGGUCAGAUCCAGAGCCAUGGAGGUGUAAGAGAACAGACGGUAAAAAAUGGAGGUGCACAAGGGAUGUAGCUCCUGAUCAGAAAUAUUGUGAGCGUCAUGCUCAUAAAAGCAAACCCCGUUCAAGAAAGCCUGUGGAAAUUCACAAUACCAACAACAAUUCCAAUAAUCGACACCCUCCUCCUCCUACUACUCGCAACCACCACCGCUCUUUACAAUUUCCAACUGUGCAACUCUCUGAACAAACCAGGUGCAUUGAGUGGUUAGGGAGAGGAGACCGAGGUGGCACUAUCCCUAUCAUUAGUUGUAACCAGCAAAAUUUGCAGCAACUCAUGCAAUCAUCUUCUGGAAUGGGAUUCAACAAUGACCACACGGACCUUAACAGAAGAAAUACACCAGCAUUUCAAAUGCAAGACGAGGCAAAAUUAUAUCCUAUGAACAACUUUAAUCAGUACAUAUCAAAUAGGAGUAGUGGCCAGACAUUGGAAAGUAGUCCUCUAAAGAAUGAAGAGUGUAGUGACUCGGUAAUUGCCUCAUUACAGGGAAGAACGACUAGGGAUUUCAUCGAUGCUUGGUCAAAAGACGGACUUAAUGAUGGUAUAAGCAACAACGGGUCUUUUACUUCGCUAACGUUAUCAAUGUCUGGUUGGAAUCAUGGAAUGGAUGAGGAUAACGAACAUGCGCAAGUGAGCAUUAAUAGAAUGCUGGAUUCCGAGAGAAGUAGUGACGAGGUUUUGAGGUCACAGUGGCUUAGCCCUGUUUCUUGGAUGAGUUCAACAGCACCAGGAGGUCCUUUAGGUGAAGCAUUGUGUCUUGGAAAUGCUACUAAUUUACCUUCACCUCAUGGCUAUAGCAAUAGUACUGCUAACAGUAGUUGCAGCUUCAAUUCCUGUGAGAAUGGUAGCCAUGGACUCGACUUCAUCGGCUGAUGAUCGUGCAAUUUUCGCCGCUUGUAAAAUGGUGAAAGCAUGUAACAACAAUCUUUGAUUUUUGAAAAUUUGACAGUCCCAUCUCUUGUUCUAUUUCAGUUUUAAGUAUCAUUCACGCGGUAUGCA